AUGUCUACACCAUUACUGUUUGCUGACGACCUGAAGUUGGUAUACGAAGUGAAGCAUGCUUCGGAUCAUGACAUGCUACAGCAGGAUAUAGAUAGGGUUGUAAGCUGGAGCAUAGAUAACAAAUUGUUGUUUAACGUAGCUAAAUGUUCGGUGCUAUCGUUCAGUCGCGCGCGCUUCCCGCUUCACCACGUUUAUACUGUUGAAGGAGCGCCGUUGCAGCGUGUUACGGAGGUAAAGGACUUGGGUGUCACAUUUACCGCUAAUUUAAAUUUCCGACAGCAUAUUAUCGAAGUUUGCAAAAAGGCGUAUCGUAAUUUAGGGUUUGUUUUGCGACAAGCGAAUCAUUUCACAAAUAUUAGAGCUUUAAGAGUAUUGUAUGAGGCUCUUGUCAAGAGCCACUUAGAAUGCAAUGCAGUCGUUUGGUCUCCGCAUGAAAGCAAGUAUAAAUUGAUGUUGGAGCGUACGCAAAACAAAUUCCUCCGGUUUUUAUAUUUGAAGCAGUAUGGCGUUUAUCCAGGAUACCCAUUUUUAUAUCCUACUUUAUUUUUUGUUCUGGGUAUGGUAGGUUAUUUCAAACUGGAAGUAAGACGGGAAUUAGCACUAUCUGCCUACCUGUUAAAAAUUAUUCGCGGUCAUAUACAUAACCCUGCAAUUCUAGAAGAGGUAAAAUUGUGUGUUCCUGAGGAAUACGUAGGUAGGAGGCGGAGGCCACCUCAAUUCUCGGUGCCGCGCGCGCGCACCAACCUGCUGCAGCUCGCGCCGCUCACGCGGGCGCUGCGCACGCUCAACACGGUCGCUGAACGAGUUGAUGUAUUUUCCUGCUCACUGACUGAAUUCACAAGGGCUACUUUAUGUGUGUUAUGUGAUUAUGAUUAG